AUAUGAUACACGUUUGUACGCCGGUACUGGUCGGUAGUAUGUAGACGGUUCAAACUUCGUAUUGUUAAGUAUUGCGUUUUGAAUCUUUCUUGAAAUUGAUAUAUUUGUCACAGUUAGUUCCAUUCAAAUUGUAUUCUCUACUUUUAAAGUGUGUACAGACACUUUUAUAGGUUUUUUGUAAUUGAUAAACAAUAAAAUAUACAAUGGCGUGUCAUCAGUUUGGGGUAUUAACAAAAGACACUCGGGUGUCUAACAGCAGUGCUAACGCAGAAUAUACGAUACACGUAAAUAAUUUGCCCGGGGAAUUAAACGAGCAUGGUUUCUUGCAAAUCUUUACUCAUUAUGGAGAAGUUAUUGGACAUUUUUACCGACCAAAUGCCGAUUGGGGAUACAUUACAUAUAGUACAAGUCGUGAAGCUCAAAAUGCCAUUAAAGAUUUACAUAAUGUACCACCUUUACGUUUGAAAGUGUCAUUUGCCAGAGAGAAGGGAUCCAAAGAAGUGAAAGUUACAAAAGCAUCUGUUUUUGAAGAUGAAAAAUGGGAAGAUCAUAUACAAGAUGUUAAGUCUGUAGAUAGACCUUUCGUACCAAGACAAGGAAAAGAAAAACUUCUAGAGACAUUUAAAAGAAUAGAACCAAAUACGGACCUUCCAAAAUACAAUUACACUGCAGAUAGUGAUUUAUUAUAUACCUGUCCUUCUGACCCACAUACAUAUAAUCCAUAUGAAAAUGCAGAACCUUAUGCAAAUACAAAUGCAUUAUGGACAAGAGGCCAAUUAACUAUUACACAAGAUGGUAAGAGACACGUGUCCCUUGGGCGAGGAUAUACAAUGUAUGAAAUCCCAGAUCCAUAUCCUGAAGUUCAGAAUCACAUUAGUAAAGUGUAUGAAAAACGUACUUCUGGUUUGUAUCAACAUGGUCAAGAUAUGUUACAAAAUACAGUGGGUAAGUGUCAGAGGUGUUCAAAUAUAACAAAGCUUACAUGCGAAAGGUGUCACAGUUUCUACUGUAGUAGAAAUUGCCAAGUAGUUGAUUGGCCGCAACAUAAAUUUAAAUGUCAAGCUAUUCCAGCUUUGGUGAGUACUGUGAAUUCUGUGAACAUAUCACAAUUAUAUGAAGAACAAAUACCUACUAGAGGUAUUUCAUCUGUUCAAAUGCCUCUUCGUCGACCAAGAAAGUCAUUGACCACGGCAUCAUCAGAUCAAAUUCUUUCAAAGACCGUUUCAAAAGAUCAAGAUAUUACCGAGGCAUCUGCAAAUAUUUGUAAUGAUAAUGCAAAAAGUUAUCAAUCGAACGUUGUUAAAACUGAUUCUGAUCAACAUAAUAGACUCCAGGGUAAUGAUGUGAAAAAGAACAUAACUACUCGAAAAAUCGACAUGAAACAUAUCGCUCAAGCCAUUAGUAAUAUGGAAGAACAAGCCAACUCUUCGUUUAAGAAGUCUCAAGAUUCCCUUUCGCAUUCCGUUAAAACGGUGGAUAAUAAGUUAAACAGUUCUGGAAGUAGCAUUAAAAAGCGUCAGAACUUUAACGCCGAAGAUGUAAUGAAAAUGGAAGAAGAUAUAGCUUUUUCAAAGCAUACAUUUUUAUCAAAAUCGAAGUUCACAGAUGUAAGAAUAAUUGUACAGUUAGGUCGUGAAUUUUGGAUUCAAAAGGUAGAAGACAAUGAACACAUUACAAAAUUAAUGAUUGAUUUACAACACGAAGCGAGUAAAGCUCAGAAAGUAAAUCCAGUAGUUGGACAAGUUUAUGCAGUCCAGUAUGAGGGUGUAUGGCACAGAGCUGUAGUAACAUGUCUGAGUCCUUUAACUGUACAUUACGUGGAUUACGGUAACGACGAUGUCGCGAACACGAAUGAUUUCCGUGAGAUUUCCAAGUUCAAACUUAUCCCGAGAUAUUGUGCUAAAAUUCGUUUAUCCGAGGAAACAUACGAAAAGUAUAAACAUCUCAAAUACGAAGAUGUAAUAGCCGUGAAAAUGAUAUCUAUUGACACCAGUGAAGUGAUUAACGUAGAAAUUCAAGAAGAAAAUCCUGUAUCGGUAGAACAGGCUCAAACAAACGAUACCUCCGUACAGAAAGUUGAAUCCUCAAUACCGACUAAUUUGAAAGCUGAUAAAGUUCCGGUUUCUUCGGAAGCUUGUACUAAUGAGAAGGUGCCAACUUCAUUCAAGAAACUGGAAAAUAUAGUAAAUACUGUACCUGAUGGAGUAACAGGUAUCCUAGAGAUCCAUGCAGAAUUGAGAAACAAUGUCUAUGGCAUUACAUUACUGACCAACCACGCACUUGAUGACUUUGAGAAGCUUCUGAAUGAUCUGCCUGCCAUGUGUGAACAGAAAGCAGGAAAUACCAACUUCAGACCUCAGAUAGGAGAGAUCAUAUGUGGUCAAAGAGUUGAUGGAGAUUGGCUUAGGGGAUAUGUUUUGUCACUGGAAUCUCCAUUAAAAAUGGCUAUAAUAGAUGAAGCUAGAAUGAUGGAGAUUACCAAAGCUCUGCCCUGUCCAGAAACCUUUUUAAAUAUUUGUGCUUUUGGUGUUACAUGUGAAGUAAUUGGUACAAAACAUAAGUUUUCAGCAUCUGAGCAGUAUGAAUUCAAAGUCGUGUCCCGUAAACAACAAAACGAAAUUGAAAUAGAAUUUUCGAAGGAUCCGGAGAAAAUUAAAGCUAUUGUAAAGCCUUGGACUCCGAUGCCCGAACAAAAAGGAUUACAAUAUACUGAAUUAAAAAAUGGAUCCGAGGUAUGUCUAACUGCUUAUCGGAGCCAUGUUCACCUGUUUGCGCGAUCCUUGGAUGCUGCAGAUCUAGAGCAUUACAACUAUAUUAUGCAAAACAUUGCAAAAUGUGCUCAAACAGCUCCACCCUUGACGGAACAACCAGUUGUUGGACAAAUGGUAAUAGCUCACUAUGUAGAUAACAAUUAUUACCGUGCAAUCGUUACCAAAGUACAGGCGGAGAAAAUUGCCAUUUCAUACGUUGAUUUCGGCAACACAGAAGUUACCAGUAUAAAGAAACUUAGGAUUUUAAGCGAUCACUUAAAACAGUUACGAUCUUGUACAAGCAAGAUCGUCUUAAAAGAUGUUCCUCAAGAUACUCAUAUGACGAAAGAAAUAAGUGAUUAUCUCAGCGUAUUAGUAGGAACGGAAAUUCCUCUGACAUGUACAUUUGAUGGUAUUCCGUCUAAAGAUGGCGUCUAUCUUAAAUCACCUAAAGGAGAAAAUAUUAAUGAAACCAUACGAGAAAUGCUUGUGCCUACUUGGAACAAGACUGGCGAGGAUGAUACAACUUGCUACACAUUAAACGAUUUAAAUGUUAUUAGCCUAGGAAAAGUAGGUGAUAUUGUUAAAGCAAUUAUAUUGCAUUCUAUAGAAGACGGUUACAAAUAUACAUUAUGCCCGUUAGAUUAUAACUUAGUGACCCAUGUUCUUGAUAUAAUGCCCAAAAUGAUGACGGAAUAUUGCGAAGCAUCUAAAACCUAUAUUCCUCGUGAGGAAGAGCUGUGCCUAGCUUACGAUGGAAGUGGAUGGUAUCGUGCUGUUUGCCUUAACCGUAGCCGAGCGUCUGAAACAUGCACCGUUUUCUUUGUUGACUUUGGAAAUAUUGAAGACAUAGCUCAUGAGAAUAUACGACUUAUGCCAAAAGAUUUUAUUACGCCUGAAGCACUUGCAAGUGUUUGUCGAGUUGUUAAUUUAGCUCCUACUGAGAACAACAUAUACACCUCUCUUGAAAUAAAAAAACAGAUUUCAGAAUCGAUAGUACCCAAUGAUUAUAUUCAGGUAAAGAUUGUUGAGUACAAUGAAGAGGAUCGUAUUUACGAUGUGGAGUUACCACUGAUACGAGAAAAAUUAAUUGAAGAUGGUUUAAUAUCGAAGUAAAAGACUGGGGUAUUAUACAAUUUUGAUCUAUGUUUUAUUAAAACGAAAGAAAGAAAAUA